AUGCUUAAGACUUCAAUUCGCAACAUCGCUCGCCAGCAACUUCGCACCGCACCCAUGCUCAGGGCCGCUCCGGUAUUUAGAGCAAAUGCCGGUGUGCGCAUCGCCAGAACUUUGGCUUCUUACACUAUUCCCGAGAAGCAAAAGGCGGUGAUUUUCGAGACCAAUGGAGGUGAAUUGAAAUACACCGACAUUCCUGUACCAAAACCAAAACCCAAUGAGCUUUUGAUCAACGUCAAAUACUCGGGUGUUUGUCACACCGAUCUUCACGCUUGGAAAGGUGAUUGGCCAUUGGACACCAAGCUUCCUCUUGUGGGUGGUCACGAGGGUGCUGGUGUUGUUGUGGGAAUGGGAGAAAACGUGGUUGGCUGGAAAGUCGGCGACUUGGCUGGUAUCAAGUGGCUUAACGGUUCUUGUCAAGCUUGUGAGUACUGUGAUGGAGGUCAUGAAUCCAAUUGUGCUCAAGCUGAUUUGUCUGGUUACACCCACGAUGGUUCUUUCCAGGAGUACGCCACCGCCGACUACAUCCAGGCUGCCAGAAUCCCUGAGGGAACUGACUUGGCUCAAGUUGCUCCAAUUUUGUGUGCUGGUAUCACUGUCUACAAGGCAUUGAAAACCGCCAACCUUACCCAAGGUCAAUGGGUUGCCAUUUCCGGUGCCGGUGGUGGUUUGGGAACUCUUGCUGUCCAAUACGCCAAAGCUAUGGGUUACUUGGUUGUGGGUAUCGAUGGUGGUGCCGACAAGGCCCAAGUCCGCCAAGUCUUUGGGUGCUGA